GUAAUGACACUCUUAAAAAAUCCGCGGUGGAGCUUCGAGCAGUGACAAUCGUUUUCGUGGUGAAACGCAAGAGGUGGAGGUGCGCGAUGUUCUGUUCAGGUUAGAAAAGCGUUUGCAAACGUCAACAAAAUGCGCCAUCGUUAGAAGUUAAAUGUAAGGAUUGACACCUUUGAUUCUGGGCCGUAACUCGGGGCGACCUGGCCUUAAAACGAGAAUCAAGACUCGGGGAUUAAAAUGCCUCACGUCGUGAGGAACUGUCCACACAUCGCGGACCAGGGUGACCUGGCGAUAAUAGAAAUCGCGAUCGCACACAAGGAACGUUUCAGCAAGUGCAGUGACUGCGAGAGCGAGGGACCAAACCUCUGGUUAUGUCUUUACCCGGACUGCCGAUGGGUUGGCUGUGCAAACACCAACCCGGACCAUAGCACAAAUCAUAAUAGUAAAUUUCCUAACCAUGCAGUUCACAUGAACCUCUCCACGAUCAGAUUCUGGUGCUACUCGUGUGGCAACGAGGUCGCCGCCUGGCACAAUUCGCCCCAGGUCUCUCCCAACCAGACAGAAUUCAAAAUGGGCAACAAGUUCGCUGGAGAUGCUCCCAAUGCCGAGUGCAAUUAUUAUCAGAGACUACUUGUUGAAAAAUUCUUGGAGAGUAAUAGACGGGACCAGGAACUUCGGGAAAGCCGAAUUAGUUCCGAAAAAGGGGACACACUACAGGAGAAGUUUCCCUAUUCGGAUUCCCCAGACAGUACGGAUUCCGACGACAGCAAGGAUUUCUCCGGGAAGCCUCGGGGUCUUGUUGGCCUGCAGAAUAUCGGGAACACCUGUUAUAUGAACGCAGCCCUCCAAGCCUUGUCAAAUGUUCCGCCUUUGACGCAGUUCUUCUUGGAUUGUGGUCACAUGGCGACAUACAUCUCCAAGGACAGGAAACAUGGGUUGAGCCUGAGUUACCUGAACCUGGUGCGAGAUAUGUGGAACCGGAAGACAAGAGGAUAUGUUGUACCUCUUGGGGUCCUCACUGGGAUUAGAACGGUUCAUCCGAUGUUUCGAGGCUACCAUCAGCAUGACACCCAGGAGUUCCUCCGCUGUUUCAUGGACCAACUGCACGACGAGCUGAAGGAGCACAUCGAGGACGACCGGGAGAGUCUUCUACGGUUAAAAGACUUUGGUGAACAUUCCGAGGAGGAGUUGGAGGAGGAGGAGGAGGGAAUUGAGGGGACGGGCUCGAGUCAAUCGGAUGCGGAGUAUGAGACCUGCGACUCGGGAGUAAGUGAACAGAGCUCGCUUAGCGAUGAGGGUGAGCGUGGAACUAAGAGGAGGUACUCCAGGGUCACGCAGUCUGAUAAACUCAGGAAUAAGUUUACUAGCAGGAGCAGUAAGAAGAGCACUGUUGACGAAACAUUUCCGCAACAGCAGAGGUCUUCGCAGAACUCGCCGACGAAGCACUCGACCAAAAAGCAGAUGAAAACAAAGAGCAUCAUCAGCGAGACCUUUGACGGGAAGCUACUGAGCAGUGUGGAAUGUCUCACGUGUAAUAGGAUCUCGACCAGGGUGGAAGCCUUCCAGGAUCUCUCGCUCCCAAUUCCAAGCAGAGAUCACAUCGACAUGCUUCACCAAGGUUCUCUAACGCCACAAAAAGCCGGACCUUGCUCGGACGUAGUCUACGUGACCCAUCAAUCCAGUUGGUUCGCCCUUGUUUAUCAAUGGUUUCGUUCCUGGAUUUGGCCUCCAGUUGUCAGUCUCCAUGACUGUCUUUCCGCCUUCUUCAGCGCCGACGAACUCAAAGGUGACAACAUGUACAGCUGCGAGAAAUGCAACAAGCUCCGCAACGGGAUCAAGUUCUCGAAAGUUCUGGAACUCCCGGAAGUUCUCUGCGUUCAUCUCAAACGUUUUCGACACGAGUUGAUGUUCAGCUCGAAGAUCACCAAUUUCGUAUCAUUUCCGCUGGAAGGUCUCGACAUGAGGCCUUAUUUGCACAAGGAGUGCAUCUCGAAAGUAACGACCUACGACCUGAUCUCGGUGAUUUGUCAUCAUGGAACAGCUGGCGGUGGACACUACACCUGCUACGGUCUCAAUCCAAUCGUCCGACAGUGGUUCGAAUUUGAUGACCAGUGUGUCACCCAAGUCCCGCCGGAGACUGUCACCAACUGCGAGGCCUAUGUCCUUUUUUACAAGAAGUCUUCGCCUGAAAUGAUAGAGUUGCGGGACAAGACGGUGGAGCUGAUGGAGAUCUCGGCGAGGGAGCCCUCGGAUCUCAACUUUUUCGUCUCAAAGCAGUGGAUCAAUAAGUUUAACACCUUCUCGGAGCCGGGCCCCAUUGACAAUUCCGACUUUCUCUGUCCGCAUGGUGGUGUCAAUCCUGUUCGGGCGCAGUUUGUUGAUAAAAUCAGCAUUCCAAUUCCUCAGGCUGUUUGGGAGUUUCUUUACAACACGUUUGGCGGAGGUCCAGCAUGCACGCAUCUUUAUGAAUGUCCGAUUUGCGAAGAAAAGUACGAGUCCUUGCAAAAAAGACGGCUCUACGAGAUGGAGAUGUUUCACAGGUUAAAUCAUAAUUCCGAUAAUCCAACUGCCAUUUAUGCCCUUUCUAUGGCCUGGUUAAGACAAUGGCAGAGUUUUGUGAGGGGAAAGGAAAUACAGUCUCCAGGACCGAUCGACAACAGUUCGAUUGCCGUCAACAAGAAUGGACAGGUCGUUUUGAAGCUUGGUUCCGAUUACGGACAAAUUCCAGAAGAACUCUGGCAGUUCUUUCUUGGCACUUAUGGCGGCGGUCCGGAAUUAAUGCUGCAUUGUCAGCGUCCAGUUCCCCAACCAGCAUCAGCUCAUGAGUUUGUCGACUCAAGCCUAAAGCGGACCGAGGCUAAAUCUAACAAAGUGAACGUGACGAAAAGCGCCGAGACAAUUUCCCAACAAGACAGUGCAAUUGAGAGUUUAGCUUCCGAAAAUGAUUUCCAUCAAUGGCUCCGAGACGCAUCGGCCAAGCCCUUAUAAGUCUUAAUAAACUGGAGAUGCAAACAACAAUUUUAUUGAAAAAAAAAACAAAAAAACAAAAACAAAACUGAAGCUAAAGGUCUCGAGUUAAUUUCGGAAAUUUGUUGUUGUCUCGGAUUUGAAAAGUGUACUUUCUAUCCAGUAGAAAUGAUGUAAGAAAUUUGUACAAAGUUUCAGCGAAGAUUUCUCUAUUUUGUGGGAGUCUUAUUUUUGUCUUCUCGUACAAGAUUGAAGUUUCUGAGUAUCUGUGAUGGGUUUUGGUAAAUUAACGAAAUUUUCGUUUUCUUCUCUUCUCAGAAAUGCGUUUUUUGUUGUUGUACAAACGUUAUUCCGAAUCAUUGGCAUUUAAGAGUUUGCUGAUUCAAAAAAAAAAAAAACAGGAAAAAGAAAGAAAGAAAAGGGGAAA